AUGGCGCCGUCAAAUGACGCAGCAGACAUGGCUGUCGACUACUACGAACUGCUGUCCAUACCAGUAACAGCGUCAGAGUCAGAAAUCCGCCGUGCCUACAGGAAGACGUCGCUGCUCUAUCACCCGGACAAAGUCAAGCCCACGCCAGAAACCCUGGAGAAGUUCCAACUCCUGCAGACGGCGCUCAACAUCCUCACAGACGCCGCCGAAAAAAUAAAGUAUGACCAGACGCGGGAGGCGAAGCAGAGGCGGCUGGCGGAGACCGCCGCCCUCGAAAGCCGCCGGCGACAGAUGAAGGAAGAGCUGGAAAAAAGAGAAGGCUCUGUCACGGGAAUGCCCACCGCCGUAGGCGGCGUGAAGCGGACCUGGACGGAGCGAGAACUCGAAAUCAAACGCAUCGCUGAAGAGAACAGAAAGAAACGGGAAGCGGCAAUGGCACACAAGGCGCAAGAGGCACAGGCUCGAACUCAGGCGGCAGAGACGGCAGAGGAGGAGCAAUCCGGCUCGAUAGACCGGUCUGUCAAGGUGCGCUGGAUCAAGGAAGCGGACGGCCUGGAUAUCGAUCAGGAGGCGCUGGAAGAGAACUUCGCCUCAGGCGACGUCGAGAAUGUCCUGAUGCUGAAAGACAAGAAACGUCGUGUCGAAGGGAGAGAUAAAAAGGUUCUACUGGGCACUGCUGUCAUUGUGUUCAAGUCACUGGCAAUAGCGAAGAAGGUGGUGGCACAAGGCCCAUGGGAAGGCAUCGAAAGCGUCGAGUGGGCCGCAGCAAAGGAAACUGAUGGCGGUUGA